CUAAAAUUAGUUCUGUUUCUUAUCUACAGGAAUUCUAACUACGAUGGCAGCUCAAUUGCACUGUACGCCUUCCAACUUCAGUGAACCCAGGACCAGCCAUGGGCUUAGAAACCAAGACCCCAGAGAUUCACAACUGCGACUUGUCUUAGUGGGUAAGACUGGAGCAGGAAAAAGUGCCUCAGGGAACAGCAUCCUUGGAAAGAAAGCAUUUCAUUCUAGCAUUGCAGCAAAAUCCAUCACCAAGGUCUGUCAGAAAGGGAGUAGCAUGUGGAGGGGGAGAGAAAUUGUUGUUGUGGACACACCUGGCAUUUUCGACACUGAGGUACCGGAUGCUGACACACAAAAGGAGAUUGCCAAUUGCAUCUUCCUGACCUCCCCUGGCCCUCACGCUGUGCUCCUGGUGGUCCCACUGGGCCGAUACACCAACGAAGAGAAAAAGGCAGUGGAGAAGAUGCUGUCAAUGUUUGGACCCAAAGCUAGGAGAUACAUGAUUCUCUUAUUCACCCGGAAAGAUGACCUGGAUGGCAUGGAGCUCCGUGAUUACUUAAAGGAGGAUCCAGAAGGCAUUCAAGAUCUGAUAGAGCAGUUCAGGGGUCGUCACUGUGAGUUCAACAAUAAGGCAACAGGGGAUGAACAGGAGGAUCAGAGGGCACAGCUGCUGGAAUUGGUCCAGCGCAUGGUGAUGGAGAACGAGGGAGGAUUCUAUACUAAUAAGAUGUACCAAAGGGCCGAGGUGGAGAUUCAGAAACAAAUUCAAAUUAUACAAGAACAAAUCAGAGAAGAGCUGGAGAGAGAUAAGAGGCAGUUAGUAAAGGAGUAUGAAGAAAAAAUCAGAAGGCUGGAGGAUAAACUGGAGCAAGAAAAAACCAUGGCAGUAAUGAAGAGGGAAUUGGCAGAAAGGGAGAGUCACUAUGUUUUAAGGCAGGAAAAUGCCAGAAGUGAAGUUGAGAGUCAGAAAGGGAUGCUUGACAUAAUCUUGACAGCAUUAAAGGUUGCUUCCUUUUUAUUCUCAUUUCUGUUCAAGGAAGAUUAAGCUUAGUGAAAAUCUGACUGUCUCCUGCAUAUUUUUAAGUGUUCCUUCCCCAUAUAUCUCAUUCCCCAAAAAUCUGUUUCUAUCUCUCAAGCUCUCAGGACUGGGGAGUGUAGUAAAGUUUCUUGUUGUCAAUUAGUAGAUAUUUCAUUUAUUCUACAGGGAGAGACACAUUCUCAAUUUGUUAAACUCCAAAGCAGAAUGUGUGGAUAAUCUCUGUCUACUGAGCUCUUUCUUAGACACACAGAAGGGGAAUGCAUGAGACCAAAAGACGGUGACUCCAAGCUUUCUGUAUUUAUCCCUAGUAACCAUUUCUCCUCUAGAUUCUUUCUAGAUUGGCACAUAAUCUCCACCUAUAGCGUCUACUUCACAUUUUUACCUUUGGAAUGACAAUGAUCAUUUUACCUAUGCUAUUAGAUAAAUCAAUUAUUUUCAUUAGGUAAUGGAUAGCUAGAGAUGUUUAUAGAAUUCUUUCUAAAUGACCAUAAAUGUGUUGAAUUACAUUCUUAUGGAAAGACUGAAAUUGUUCCUUAUUAUCUGCCCACUGAAGAACAAAGAGUUGUUUGAAAAACAGAUUUCUUAGAACUCAACUAAGUGAAAUGUCAGAAGAGUAAAAGACAGAUUCAACAGCUAAGAGAACAAUGUUCAGUAUAUGCAGAUGAUUCUGUGGAUAGUCUUUAAGCAACAUAUAUGUAACCACUUUACUGAAUAACUAGUUCUGUCCUUUUCUUGUGAAACUCACUGUGGCCACCACAUUGCAAUCACUCCACACCUUGAUUACUUACCGCUAGGUGCUUCAUUCCCACGCAGUUUCCCCCACCCAUUACAAUUGUUUGCUUAUUGCUACUAUAAUAAAACUUCUCUAUUCUCUUA